CAAUCCUGGAGCUGCAGGGCGGGUCCUUCAUGGGUUCCGUCUCCGGCUCCUUCCCCCGCCCAGCGAGGCGGCGCUGUACCUGACUGAGCGGCGGGAGUGAGGGUUCAGAGAUGGGCAGUGAGAAGGAGCAGAGUCCAGAACCACACCUGCCUGAGGAAGGGGAAGCGGGUAAGCCUUGGAGAGUGGAUGGCUCAGAGGGUUCUCACAUCCCAUCUGGGGAAAAGGACCAUGGGCAGGAGAACCCACUGAUGAGGCCACAAGGAACACAGUCAGAAGAGCCAUGGCAGAAAAUCAUUGCCCCAGCUGAAGGACCAGAGAAUCCUAUUGCUCCUCCAAAGCCUGAGGCAGAGGAGAAGCCCUUUAUAUGUGUUCAGUGUGGCAAAACCUUCACCAAUACCUCUAACCUGAGAACACACCUACGGAUCCACACUGGUGAGAAGCCUUACAAGUGUUCCGAAUGUGGUAAGAGCUUUUCCCGAAGCUCCAACCGCAUCCGGCAUGAACGGAUCCACCUGGAAGAGAAGCACUACAAAUGUCCCAAGUGUCAGGAGUGCUUUCGGCGGCGCUCAGACCUCACCACGCACCAGCAAGAUCACCUGGGCAAGCGGCCAUACCGCUGCGAUAUCUGUGGUAAGAGCUUCAGCCAGAGUGCCACACUGGCUGGGCAUUAUCGGACCCACCUGGAGCCAGCGCCCUACAUCUGCUGUGAGUGUGGGAAGAGCUUCAGCAACAGCUCCAGCUUUGGAGUACACCACCGCACCCAUACUGGUGAGAGGCCAUACGAAUGUGCUGAAUGCGGGCGGACCUUCAGUGAUAUCUCCAACUUUGGAGCACACCAGAGGACCCACAGAGGGGAGAAGCCCUACCGGUGCACUCUUUGUGGGAAGCAUUUCUCCCGGAGCUCAAAUCUUAUUCGUCAUCAGAAAACACACUUGGGUGAGCAGAAUGGGAAAGAUUCCAGCUGAAGGGAAGCCACAGUUAGAGUGGGAAGAGAGAGUGAGAGACCCAUUCUAAUGGAGGAAGAAGACCUUUAGGAUCUGUUGCUGCCACCUUGAUUUCAAAUGCUUCAUCCCACUUUGGAGAUUGGUUUCCUGUUGCCUCUGAAGCCAGGAUCUCCAAGAAAUCCUGAGAAGGGACUCUGAAUAAAAAUCCUCCCGGGCAAUUUCUUGCCAUAGAAAGUCAGAGAACCCAGUCCUGGCUUCACCUUGUUGGAUGUGAAAGAGAAGUAGGGGAGGCUCCAGACAUGUUCAUGUUAUUGGGUUAGCAGUUCUCUGGCCUUUGAGGAAGCACCUGUGAGAUGGCAUCACUGUCUGAAGUACCUUCAUAUUGUCCAUGAACUGUUUAGGGUACACUGCAGUGGGCUGUUAGGUUCCUACCAGCUAUACCCCAACUCAAGUCGUGCUUCUGGAUCUGGAGGCUGGGAGGAGUGGCCCUCCUAAUGGAAGGGUCCCUCUUGGCCUGAGAAGAGGUUUGAGAUUCUGUCUUAGGAAUGAAAGAGAAGCCCACUAGAAUCAUCACACUCCCCCAUAUUUGUUACCUAUUAUCCCCACUUCACUCUCCAUCUGUUUCCUUGUGAUGAUUAGCACUUAAUAAUUCAACGAAAAAGACCCAUGGACCGACUUGAAGAGCGGGGGAGCGGGGGAGAGUGUCCCAGUGCAGCCAUUCUGGAAGGGAACUGAAUUCUAACAAAGAAAGAUGGGAGCUGGAGUUAUGGCUCAGUGAUAGAGCGCUUGUCUCGCAAGUGUGAGGCCCUGAGUUUGAUCCUAGCACCACGUAAAAACAAAUAAAGAUAUUGAGUCCAUAUACAACUUUUAAAAAAAGGAAAAGACAGAUAGGUGGCUGUUCUGAAAAGCAAAGAAAAGGAGGCUGAGUCUUUUAAGUGUUUGAGGAGAAGGGAGAAAGGAAAGGACUAACACCAAUUGAGUAUUCACUAUAAGCUAUUGAUUCUGCUGGUUACAUCAACAUUCUUCAUUUCAUUUAGUUGUCAGCAGUCCUCAAGGGUAUAAGAUGAGGAAACAGAAGCAAGGUAUAUAGUAGAGUCCAUUUAAACUUGGGCCUCCUUGGCUCUCUACUGAUGCUCUUUUUUUUUUUCACUACAUUCACGUUGCUGACCUCUAAAGGAGGAGCCAUGUAGUCGAUAAACCUGGAGAUGGGAGCCGGCGUGGUCUUGUGAUAUGGCUCUGGACUAUUCACUGUGUGGGAAGUCAGUACUAAGCAUGAGACCCUUUUCAACUUUAGAUUACUGAUUGAGGAUUUCUUCUGUUGCUGGAAAAAUGUCAGUGGCGGGGUAGAUGUUGAGGGAUGGGAUAAGAUGAGAAAAAUCUUAAGACCCAUAGUAAGUUUGCCAUUAAUAUCAAUAAUUUAUCCCUAAGAUUGGGAAUACAGGGAAUUAUGCCUGGUUUUCUGGCCUUCUGGCUUAGAUCUGGCUUCACAUGGCCUCAGAUGGUUUAGAUUUGGCUUCAUAUGAAAGUUUAGUGUUCACCUAGCUUUCCUCUAACAAAUACAAAAUACCCCUAUCUUGCUUUACCCCAUGGUGCUGGAGAUUGAACCCAGAGCCCAACCUAGCCAGGCAAGUGCUCUACCACUGAGCUAUACUCCAGCCUCCAGAUGUCUCUUUCUGUCUCUCUAGUCAGUUUGGGUCCCUGCCUUCCAGAGUAAGGGUUCCUCUCAUUUGUAGCUAAUGGCAGAAUGUGAAUCUGUUGAAACUGAUACACCCAUGACCUGACCUAUCAUGUGGGGUCCCUGCCACUUGUUCAGGGAGAGAGAUGCCAGGAACUUUACAGUCAUCCUCUUACUAAAUUCUCAACCAUAGGAGAAUUAUGCACAUUUAACAAAUGUGGAAACAGGUGGAUAGAAAGUUACUUCCCAAGAUAAAAAAGCAAGUAAUUGUCAGGGCCAGGAACUGAACCUUAUUCUACCCAAAGCCUGUGAUUUUUUUUUUUUAAGCUGUAGAAAACUUCCCAAAUUAUUCCCUUACAUUUGUAGGAUGAUUUACAGUUACAAAACACUUUUCAUAUUCAUUUGUUUUUGGAAAAUCUACACACAAUAUUUUAAACAUAGUCACCUAAACUUAGACAUGUAAAUUGGCACAUGACUUUUUUAAUAAUAAAUGUCACCAUCUAUUAAAUGCCUACUGAGUGCCAGUUAUUGUACACCUAUUACCUAUGAUCUUCAUGCUAUAAAGUAGAAGUGUCUCCAUUUUCAAGAUAAGAAAAUUCUACAAGGUUAAAUGACCUGACUUGGCAGAGCUGGGAUUUAUUUAGGUAUGUUUGAUGCCAAGACCAGGCUAUUUAUCAUAUCCACUGCCAAUCUAGAUCUACUGGUUCUUUCCCAGCCCAGGGAGCUUGGUAUGAUUAACCUUCUAGACCUGGAACCUUAGAAACAACUGCAGUGACUUGGAGACUUCUUGCCUUCAGCCCAAUACCAAUGUACCAAGUGUCUGCUUUGAUCUUGGGUCAGGACUUCCUGGCCAAUCUCAUUUGCCCUUUUUUGACCUAGUUCAUUAGCUGUGGUUUCUAUAUUGGUCAGUGCUUUGACGUGUGUGUGCGCACGUGUGUGUGUGUGUGUGUGUGUGCGCGCACGUGUGUGUGUGUGUGUGUGUGUGUGUGUGUGUGAGAACUUCCUUUAUUUUCUCCUUCACUUUUUUCUUUUCCUUUCUUCCUUCUGAAAAUUCUGUUAAACCAAGCAUUUUAUAAGUUUAGAAUCCUUUUCUAGAGAUUAGGAAUUUGGGUGGAGGGGGUUACAUCAUGGCAUGUCACUAGCUUCUUCCCCUCACUCCUCCCAUCUUGCCCUUAACCCUUUCCUCCUUUUUAUGGUUUGCCAUAAAAGACUGUGGUGCAUCUUACUACAGCUGGUGUCUUACCAUCAUCAAAGGUAACUUUUUUCUACACAUUUUAAAUCUCUAGUUACAAAUGUUUUUAGAGUGAAUGAAAGAUCACAUUACAGUAGAGAUAUGAGUCAAUAAUGUCAGCAAGAUAGUGAAAUAGGAAGUCCCAGUCACCAUUUUCCCAUAGAGACACCAACUUAACAAUAUACAACCUAAAAUACCUUUUUGAGUUCUUUCAGAAGUAAGGGGCUUCAGACAAACACAAAGCCAAGAAAGAAACACUGAAAUGGUAAGAAUCAUUUUGCUUUACCCAAGAUUGCCUUUCUUAUAAGCAGCACAGUUCAGCUUGGACCAUAGAUUCUUCUUCGAGGAUGAAAGAGAAGGGUGUAACAUACUUUCACUGAAUUUUCAGAGGGCAGCCCGAAGAACUGGUUCCAACCUCACCUAACUUGGAAUGCUGAUGGAAAUGGAACAGUUUGGAUGCCUGGGGGAGCCACUAAAAGCCAGAGAAGUUUGCUGUCUCACCAAAGAGCAUAUACUGUGGUACAUAGGUUUCAUACUCAGUAUGACUGGGAGAAGAUUCUCAACUGCAGCUCCUCCCUGGAGAGGGAGGGAGAAGAGUAGAACGUGUGUCCAAUAUUCAAACAUUUUGAAGAAUUUAUUGGAGUCAACAAAAUUUGGAUGCUUGGGGUUCACCAAGUAAAAAGGAGAACAGAGAAACUGGUUGUUAUAGCACCAGAGAGCCUGCAGCACUGUAGGCAGACACCAGAGGGAGCAAGAGAUUAUUGAGCUCCUGAAAAAGAAACUGGCAAACAUCUAAGAAAUUACAAGCAUAAACCCAGAGAAGUCACAUUCCCCCGCAAAGUAUUCAGAGAUCCUCAGAAUUUAACCACACUGAUUACUAAAGGUUUUUAUUGUAUGAA